ACUCAGCAACAUUUAACCCGAGUCAUCACAGCAUUCGACCUCUGGGGGGUUUCCAGCCCUGCUGCAGGGCAGGAAACCACCUUCUGCUGCACAAACCAGAUUCAUGUGAGCCUCCUCCGAGGAUUGGUCUGAGUGAGACCUCUUACCGACACAAACCAGCUAUGAAGGCCCAUCAGGCUGGAAUGUGAAACAUCUCAGUAAUCUGAAUAUAUCAUGUUGAGUCAAGAUUCCUGCAUAUUGCAGAAGUGUUCAUAACCUUUGACCUUUCCCACACGUCCAGCUGAUCUGUGGGAGAACCCCCUUUACUCUGAUACCUUGAAAAAAAAUCCAGUGCAAUAUUUAGCAACUAGACCUCAACAUCCCCCUGAACACGUUUUUCAUCGAAUUUCUCCUGCAAUAAAUGUUUAAAUUAUUUCUAAGGUUUUCAAACUAAGAAAAACAUCAAACUUUUCUGCUUUUGAUAUUUUCAGCUGAAAACUGAGAAAAUGUUGCAACUCUGGGCAGAACUCGGUUCCCCAUCCAACCGAUUCUAGUUGUGGAAAUUCAAUGCAAUUAUUGCAUGAAUAAAAAUUAAAACUUGCGUUUGUUAUCAUUGCAUCCAUAUUUAAAACCUUAGGAGCCUGGUUUAAAUCAAAGCAGAUUAUUGGGCUAGAAUGGCCUAGUCAAAGUGAGAAACUGUGGCAGGACUUGAAACCUGAUGUUCAGAGGAAAACUCAUCAAACAAAAACUGAAAUGGAAACGAAGCAUGGGGACAUCAGAACCAGAACCAGAGUCCACAGAACAGCUGCAGGUCCUGGAGGUUCUGGAAGGACUGAGGCUGCUAAUGAAACUAGAGGUCCUGGUCCAAAUGACGGAAAGCAGAAAUUUAUCCUGCAAAAAUACAAGAUGUUCUCAUCACGAUGACCACAGAAGAACAAGAAGUUCUGGACGGAAUGAUGCGGUUCUGGAUCACAUGUGAGACAACAUCUACAUUAAAUCUGUGGUUGGUUCUCCGAAAUGUUUGGACCAGCCCACUGAGGAUGGUCCACAACUUUACCUUUCUAAUAAUAAUCAAGAUUAUUUUAUCAUUUCAAAUCAUGUUCUGUGUUUUGUUCAAAUAUUUGGACAAAGUUUUGCUUCCUUUGCCUCCUUUACCUAGGAACUCCGUGAUAAAAAACAGAGAAUUAAGACGUCAUUCAGUCUCCAGGAGCUUGUUUAGCCCCAACGAGACGCCCACGACCGCAGAACUACUGCGGGAGCAGCCACGCACUUACCGGCUGUCAGCUCCACGCACUGCGAGGCGAGGACGGGCUACGUUCGGGGUCGGAAAGCUUCGAAAGGCCGGCGGCGCUCCGAAGCUAAAAUGGAGAUCAGUAACUAGCUGCGGGAAGCUACGUGUUAGCCUAGCCUGCACGGGAAGUUACCGAAGUAGGACUUUCAAAGUAAAAGAUCAUAACAAGGAACAACACGCAGUUCUAAUCGGAGCGAGUUCACGUGACCAGAGAGCCCUUUUGACCCGUUCUCUCGCGAGACGUGACGCGGCUCUUCGCGAGAUCACGUCUGCAGCAGCAAAUCGGCUCCUGAAGACAAUCUACUCGUUUCUGCGGCGGGCCAUGGAGGUGUCGUCCCACAGCCUCUUCCUGCUGCAGCAGCUCAACGUGCAGAGAGAGUUCGGCUUCCUGUGCGAUUGCACCGUUGCCAUCGGUAACGUCUACUUCAAGGCCCACCGGGCCGUUCUGGCCGCUUUCUCCAACUACUUCAAGAUGAUCUUCAUCCACCAGUCCAGUGAAUGUAUAAAGAUCCAGCCCACCGACAUCCAGCCAGACGUCUUCAGCUACCUGCUGCACAUCAUGUACACCGGGAUGUGUCCCAAGCAGCCGGUGGACCAGAGCCGGCUGCAGGACGGCAUCAAGUUCCUGCACGCCUACCAGCUGUGCCGCAAGCCGGGCGACGCCGCGGCCGAUGCCGCCGCCGACGGCGUCCGCAUGUCCAACCUGUACGGCAUCCAGAUCUCCUCCCAGCUGGCCAGCAAAGACACGCCGGGCGUCCCCAAGGCCGCCGCAGCGUCCCGGGCGGCACCUGAGCCGCGGUCCCAGCUAUCCCUUGCCGUGGGACUGGACGCCGUCCCACAGGACCACCAGCAGGCGGCGCUGCGCAACAUCUGCUCCGUGACGUCGGCGGACGACUCGGACGUCUCCGGGCGCAUCAAGCAGGAGCAGGUAGAGGAGGAGGACGGCGAGGCGGAGGAUGGGGGCCCUCAGGGCGGCAGCCCGCUGUUCAAAGGGCGCCCCCUGCUGCUGCAGUGCCCGCGCUGCGGGGAGCGCUGCUCCUCGCCGGAGGACCUGAGGGAGCACCUGUUCAGCCACGCCCUGGACCCCGCAAGCCUCAUGGACGGGCUGCCACCGCCUGGCGCCGACGAGCCGCUGCCGGGCGCCGCGGAGCCGCUGGACGCCGGCUGCCUGGAGGAGGCGCUGCGGCAGAGUCAGGUGCUCGCCAACCAGCUGGCGGCAGAGCUGAGGCGGAGCCGCGGCGACGGCGACGGCGGCACAAGCCCCGCCCCCACCGUCCUCCACUCCCGCAAGCGGAAGAUCGCCUGCGCCGUCUGCAGCCUGCGCUUCUCCCACAAGAGCCAGCUACAGGAACACAUGUACAGCCACACCGGCAAGCCGGGCCGCUUCCACCGCUACAACCGCCUCUGCAGCCAGCUCUUCCAGGGCUCCGCCCACUUCUGCGACGCCGCCGCCGGCGAGCCGGGCGGAGGGGACGGGGCCUCGGCCGCGCUCUGCGAGGACGCCAACCGGGACACGCAGGACAACGGCAGCUCCUGCUACUCGCUGGACUCCGAGGUGUCCCAGGAGAGCGUGGACGGCGUUCCCGUGGAGUGAUGAUGAUGUCAUCACCGGGGACUGUGUACCUGUGCAGGUGUGUGAGUGUGUGAGUAAGCCAGUCAUUCUCUGAGUUUCUCUCUUUGUGUUGAACUUUGUGGAAUGCUCCAGCUGCUGCUGCUGCUGCUGCUGAUGAUGAUGAUGAUUACGUCAUCCUCAUCUCGGUAGAACGUCCGGUUGUGAGGAAGAGGAUGCUGGGCCAGCUCUUCAUCAUCAGACAGCCUUGCCUUGAUGACCGACGGCCGCCUGGCAGCUCCAAGCUUCGUGACAAUCUGCAGCUUUUUGACCAAUCAGCUCCUGGAUCUGGAGCGGAGUCCUGGUGGAAAGAAAGUACACCCCACCUUACAGAACCACGUCAGUUCUGACAGCAGACUUCAGGACAGAAACGUUUCACACAUCAGAUGUGAACACAACACAGUAAAAGUUCACUAAAUAUUGUCACACUGACUUCAUCUUGAUGUUUACACUGCAAUGCAUCCUGGGUAGAUGACAUAUGCUGAGCUAGCUGCUAUGAAGCUAGCUCCAACAAGACAGAACAGAAACACUGAACAAUGUUGAAGCCCUUCAAUUUGAACUGGAGCGUUAGCUUUAGCUAAUGGUAUUAGCUCUAGUUAAUGAUGUUAACUGUAGCUAAUGUUGCUAUUUCUGGCUAAUGGUGUUAAAUCUAGCUAGCAACAUUAGCUAAAAUCAUUAACUAUAACUAAUGGUUUUGGUUUAGGUAAAAACAAGAGCCAAAACCUAAACUAUGACUAUUAGCUUUAGCUAAGCUCUCUUCCUUAGCAUCUUAUAUUUUGUUUAUAGGCUAACAUUGCUAACGUCCGCUGUAACCGACACAAACAACAUAAGAAAAUUAGAACAUAUUUAGUCCAACUAGUCAUGGAUCCAUUUAAACAUUUUUCUCAUUUUCUGGUGGUUUCAGCAUCUCAAAAUGGAUCCAAAUCAGCCUCAGAUUUUCACACAGUGAGGCUGUGUUGCUGCUCUUUAACCUGGGAAGGGUUCCAAGGUCGAACUGUCUGAAGUUCAAAGGUCAAACUGUCUGAGGUCCAUCAUCCUCCAGAGGAAAACAUGUCACAGAUCUUCCUGUUAGUGAACUUUCUAGCAAAUUCAGUCUCAAAUCACAGAAAUGGUCUGUUAAAGGCCUCAUUCAGAAGAAAAGGUCAAAGGUCAUGACCCUGAGCCAGGUUGGGACACAGCUGGCCUUUUUCCUGACUGUAAACACAGUGGUGGAGGGGUCAUGAUGUGGGCUUGUUUUGCAUAAACUUCUCUGUAUCCUGAAGGUUUUUGACCAAACCGGGUCGUCAAUGGAAACAUGAAUGAAGGUGUUUCAAUGGCCUAGUCAAAGUCCAGAGAGCUGAUUGGACCGGACAGAAUUCAAGGCACAGAUUUUAUGGGGUGUACUUACUUUUCACCAGAGUUAGAUCAGUCAGAUGUUUACAGGCUGUGUUUCGGUUCUGCAGCCAUGACGAUGUUUUAUUUUCUGGUACUUUUGAAAGUUUGCGGCCUGGGAUCAGUUUCUGCUUCAGAGAUCUGACUGGAGGACAGCAGAGUCAGAAUCGAUCAGGUGUGUUAAUUCAUAGUCAAUAAUCCCAUUCAGAUUAGCUGUAAAAUCAGAAAAAGAAAUCCAGAAUGCUCCUUUAAAGCUCUUUGCUGCUGCUGGGGUCAGAGGUCACAUGACCAGGACGGUCCAGUCAUGGGCCACUGAAUGCGUGACUGUCGUCUUUCUCUCCGUGUGUCACCAUAACAACAAGAAGUUCAGUGUCGACGUGUUUUUGUACACGUUUUGUUUUUCAUCGAUGGAAAUGUUUUGUAAAUAAAUGUCCUUUUUCCACCAAUCACGUCGCAGAUCUUUAAUUCUCCCUCGUCCAGUCAGAGAGUCGAUCACUCAGGAACUUCUUUGGUCGAAAAUGAAUGAAUUAUUCUAAUAGAAAUGAGCUAAAAAUGUGAUUUAUUUAGAAUAAAAUGACCCGAAAAACAGCGGACCUCUGGGUGCACUGGCAGGCUCAGACCAGAAGGGGGCAGCAGAGGACCGAGAAAAGUGUUUGAGACAUUUAAAGGGAAGCAUCUUUAAAUAAAAAAUCAUAAAUACAUCAAAACAAAUGCAGAAUUAUGACUAUUACUAAAAGUUUUAUUUUAUUAAUAUUUUUUACUAUUUAUUAGUUUUAUUUUAUCACUGAUUCAUAUUGUUAUACCUAAACCAGUGACAGAUUUCAGUGAUUUAUUCAGCUAAACAAACUGAUUAUUUUCCUUUAACUUCAGGAUCUCUGUGUUCAACUUAAGGUGAUAAAUUAAAAACAUUAAUUAGGAUUUUUGUUUGCAUCUGGUAAGAACUGCAGAAAUAUUUCCGGUAAAUUCCCA